CAAAUUCUCAAAAUCAACUCCCAAACGACGAGCUUUACCCUAUUCCGACGCGUUUCAUUCCCCUCUAUUGCUUCUUCUCCAAGAACCUUCUCUAACCUUCAGACAAUUUCCUUUCCCCUGCCUCCCCUCUCCACCAAUUCAAUUCAUCAAACCUCCAUCUCUCUCUAGAUUUCUGCGUCUCGAAGCGUCGAAGAUGUCACUCACUAGGGUUUUGGGAAGAGCGUCAAGAACAAAUCUGACUCAGUGUCGGGGUUACCUUCUCUCUCCUGCUUCUCCUGUUCAUCAUCCCAAUUAUUCUUUCUCUCUCCUAUGUAAUCAUUUCCAUUCUCGUUCCGAAGUUUCCAGCAAGGCAUCUCAUUUGCGUAAUGGACUACGUAGCGUUGUUGCUUUCAAGAAUUGUGGAAUGUCAACCUUUGCAUCCCCUGAGCAAGAGCAGGGGACACCUACAGAGAAAAAGGGAAAUAACGGUGGUGCUGAUGCUUCAAAGCAAGCAGGAGAAGGGUCUUCCACAGAAGGUGAGACUUCUGUGCAAAGUCCAAAAGCUGGUUCUAGUUCAGAUUCACAGCCAACGUCUCAGUCUGUCAAAAGACAAAGACGGGGCACUAAAAGAACUGCCUUUUCUGAUUCAGAUUCCGAGGGAGACAUGGAUGACCUUUCCAGAGAAGAUCUGGUGAAAAUUGUGCUGGAGAAGGAGGAAGUCCUGGAGAACAAACAGAAAGAGUUUGCUGAAUUUAAAGAUAAAUUUCUUCGUAGUUAUGCUGAAAUGGAGAAUGUCAUGGAACGCACGCGACGUGAUGCGGAGAAUUCAAAGAAGUUUGCCGUGCAGAGUUUUGCGAAAAAUCUAUUGGAUGUUGCAGACAACCUUGGCAGAGCAGCUUCUGUUACCAGAGAGAGUCUCAAAAAAAUUGAUGUAUCGCAGGAUACAGUUGGAGCAAUGCCACUUUUAAAAACACUGCUAGAAGGUGUAGAAAUGACCGACAAGCAGCUUGCAGAGGUUUUCAGAAAAGCUGGUAUUGAGAAAUAUGAUCCUACCAACGAACAAUUUGACCCAAACAGGCAUAAUGCAGUAUUUCAAGUACCUGACAACUCUAAGCCUCCUGAGACUGUCGCUGUUGUCCUGAAGGCGGGCUACACGCUUCACGACAGGAUUAUCCGACCAGCUGAAGUUGGUGUUACAAUUGCUUUAGAAAAAAACGAGGCUGACUCUUGAACCUCAGCAGAGCCUGCAUUAUACUCGAGAAUUUUGUCCAUGCUUGCGUUUGUCUAAUAUUACAACAUUUUUCGGACAUUAGAUUUAGCGUAGUUGCCACCUUGGUACAAAUUUUUUGGUCCUUCCCAUAAGUCUUCCCAUAAAUGAGCUUCAAAGCAACAUUUUAGCUCUACUUUGUGUUUAUCAUGUGAAGAGGUUAAGCAAAUCGCAACCUAAUGAAAUGUUCUUUGAUAUACGUCUCAAA